AUAUGACUAUUCUAGGAGUACCAAGCAAAUCCGGUCAUAACAGUUAUUUUUUAAUGAAAUCCAAUAUGAAUUGAAGACGUCUUUCUUAAAAGAAAUACUAGGUUUACCGAUGGACACUAGCCAUUGGGCACGGCAAUUUCCGUGAGCAUUCCAUGUGCGACCUGCAGGAACCACAGUUGUGGAUUAAUAACAGACGACCCGAGCUUGAGGCCACCAUCUUAGCUCAUUGUAUUGUAUAAUAGAAAAUAUGAGUAUAAUACAUAAUCACCAUAGGGGUUGGCAGAGCCGCCAGGCUGACAUAUAUAUCUCCAUGGGUGUUGUUAUUUGUUGCAUCCCCGAAGAAAAAGAAUCAGCAAGCAGCUCCCUCGAGUGAACUUUAUCGUGCGCAACUGCGUUCCAAUAGAGAUCGAGGAGGAUGCAGCAGUCACCGGUGCAAGUGGUGUCGAGGCGCACCGUGAAGCCGCCGCCUCGGCCUCGCGAGCGCAUCCCGCUCACCACCUGGGACCUCUCCUUGCUCUCCGCCGACUACAUCCAGAAGGGCCUGCUCUUCGCGCCGCCGCCCUGCUUCUCCACCUUCACCCACCUCGUCGACCACCUCCAGGCCGCCCUCGCCGAUGCGAUCGCCACCUACUACCCCGUCGCCGGCCGCCUCGCCAUCGACCAGCACCAUGACGACGACGAGGACCACGUCGUCGGCUGCUCCGUGUCCGUCGACUGCGCCGGGCAGGGCGUCGAGGUCCUCGAGGCCGUCGCGGACGGCGUCGCGGUCGCCGACGUCGUCCCUCCCGACGCCGAUGUCCCGAGCGUGGUCCGAUCCUUCUUCCCGCUCAACGAGGCCAUCAACUACGACGGCCACGAGCGCCCGCUCUUCGUCGUCCAGGUCACCGAGCUCGCCGACGGUGUCUUCGUCGGGUUCGUGUACAACCACGCGCUCUCCGAUGGCACGGCCUUCUGGAACUUCAUCAACGCGUGGGCGGACAUCGCGCGGGCCAGGCUAUCCCCCGGCGUGCUCGCGUCGCCGCGCACGCCGCCCCUUUUCGAGCGCUGGUCGCCCGACGGUAGUGGCAGGGCGGCGGCGCCGGUCGUGCUCCCUUACGCCGACCUGGAGGGGCUCAUCGCGAGGCCGACGCUGCCGCCGCCGCCGCAGAGGGACCGGAUGCUGCACUUCUCGGCGGAGUCCCUGGCGGCGCUCAAGGAGCGUGCGCGGCAGGAGCUCCUGGCAGCCGGGGACACGGCCGGGGCGGCCGCCGUGACAAGUUUCCAGGCGCUGAGCUCGCUGCUAUGGAGGUGCUUCGUCCGCGCGCGGCGCACGGCGCCGGACCAGGAGGUGGUGUUCCGCGCGUCCGCCAACAACCGUGCGCGGCUCCGGCCUCCGCUCCCGGCGGAGUACUUCGGGAACGCCAUCAACGCCGUCUCGACGCAGGCGGUGCGCGCGUCGGAGCUGCUGGCGCGAGGGCACGGGUGGGCGGCGGCCGCCGUGGGCCGCGCGGUGGCGGCGCACACGGACGCGGGCAUCCGAGCGCUUGCGGCAGCGUGGACGGCGAAGCCGGGGCUGUCGGCGUUCAGGCUGUUCGACCCGAACGCAAUGUUUAUUAGCAGCUCGCCCCGGUUCGACAUGUACGGCUGCGACUUCGGGUGGGGGAAGGUGCUGGCGGUGCGGGGCGGCAAGGCCAACAAGUACGACGGCAAGGUGUCCUUGUUCCCGGGGCGGGAGGGCGGAGGCAGCAUCGACGCGGAGGUGGUGCUGACGCCGGAGCACAUGGCAGCGCUGGAGCAGGACGCCGAGUUCUGGGCUGCCGUGUCGCCGGACGUGCAACCAGCGAGGAAAUAAUUGAAGCUUUUCAGUCGUUAUUAUUAGUGCCGCUGCAGGGUUGUAUGGGAAUUGAAGGUCUCUCUGGGCGUGGCAACAUGCAUUCUGUUCUAAUUCUACGGCAUACAGUACAUGGUACAUGUACUAGACUUGUAGAUUUCGUUGCACACUUUCACCAAGGCCUUGUUUAG